AGGGCCCGGUGAUCUGGCGCAUGCUGACCUUCCCUCCGGCUCGCCGUGCUCUUAUUGUGGGCUGUGGACUGCAGAUGUUCCAGCAGCUCUCUGGCAUCAACACCGUCAUGUACUACAGCGCCACCAUUCUGCAGAUGUCAGGAGUGCGAGAUGAUAAGCUGGCCAUCUGGCUGGUGACUGUAACAGCCUUCACUAAUUUCCUGUUUACUCUUCUCGGCGUGUGGCUGGUUGAAAGAGUAGGGAGGCGCAAGCUUACACUGGGGAGCAUCUUCGGCACUGUUUUGAGUCUUUGUGUGCUAUCUGUCGGGUUCCUCCUGUCCGCUCAGCAUUCUCCUCCUGUUACUCUACAUCUGUCCGAUCCCACAACACCCAACUCCAGCUGCGCAGCACAUCUGUCAUGCGAGCCCUGUAUGCUGGACCCUGGCUGUGGUUACUGUUAUCAGGAAAACAGCACUGCUGUGUUCGCCUCCUCCUGUGUUCCCGUCAAUCCGGCCUCCACUGAGAGAGCAGCGUGGGGCAAAUGCUCUAAUUCCACACAUCUGCCAGACAGUGGUAUAUGGGCUUAUAACUUCUGUCCAACUUCUUAUUCAUGGGUUGUGCUUUUGGGACUUGUGCUCUACCUUGCGUCUUUUGCCCCAGGAAUGGGCCCAAUGCCAUGGACGGUUAAUUCCGAAAUCUACCCUCUUUGGGCUAGAAGCACAGGCAACGCCUGUUCGGCCGGAGUGAACUGGACUUUCAAUGUGCUGGUGUCCCUGACGUUCCUCCACAUGGCCCAGUACCUCACUUACUACGGCGUAUUCUUCCUCUACACCAGUUUGGCUUUCACAGGCUUCUUUUUCAUCUACGGUUGCCUCCCUGAGACUAAAGGACGGCGACUAGAAGAGAUCGAAUCCUUGUUUGAAAACCGACUCUGCUCGUGCGGCAUCUCGGAUUGUGACGAGGACCGGCAGGUGGAAUACAUCCGGGUAAAAGGCUCAAACUACCACCUAUCGGACAAUGACGCGUCUGAUGUUGAGUAACUGGUGUGAAACCUGGGGUCUGGUAAACGGGGAUGAGAAGGCAUCGACUGCGCCUCGCUCGAUCCCGACGUCAGGUUGGCUCACUGUAUCGGUCAGAUCGAGCCUCUCUCAUCCAGACGUUCACCGCGAUGGCAAGAACAGGGUUGUAGAGCACACACAAACAAACACGCAGUGCCAAGUCAGCUUUUAUAAUGUUGUGAGUGUGCUCAUUCCUCCACCGGCAGAUGAAAACACACUCGUCAUUCGUGUAAAAUGUGUUUAGCUGUAAAUGCAGUAAUAUAUAUGCAGCAGGAUAUUACUGUUUUUUUCUUUCUUUGUCAUGUUAAAGCACAAACAAAAAGCUCAAGUUAAAUUUUAAAAUAAGACUCGCAUUUAAAAAAAAGAUAAGCUAUGUUACCAGUCAACAAUUUCGGCGCUGGUAUUCUUUUUAAUGAACCCUUUUCAAAGACUAAGAUGAGGCGAUUUUAUAUUGAUUAACAUUAUACAUUGAGCAGACUAUUUUCCGCACUAUUAUAGAUUUUAUUUUUUUAACGGUAUUUCUUCGUUCAAAUUUGCAAAUGUUCUAAGAGGCCUUGCAUUAUUACAUUCUUCUUUACUGUUUUUUAUUUACGUAAUUCUCUCUUGAUCUUGACAUAUUGUUUACAGUGUUUUACGAGUCCUUUUCUCAUUAUCUUGACAUAACAAAAGUUGUUUUUUUGGAGUUAACAACUUAUUUUUUUUCGGCUGACUUUGGAAGAAGAGGAUGUUCUAGAUUAGAAGCAGAUUAUAUCGCAUUAGCUUAUGCAGGGACUCACUUUCGUAAAGUAUUUGAAAAUAAGAAUGCAUCCAACCAUUAUUACGUUACAGCUACAGUUGCAAACUCUGUAUUUUGUUAUAUAAUAAGUGUUGCCUACUAGACGGAGUGUCCAUAUAAACAAAUAAGAGCAGAGCAACUUUGGAUGUGUCGAGAUCACAAGAAAAUUAAGUUGUGAUUACAAGAAAACAAAUUGAUCAAGAAAACGAAAAAAAAAUUUGAGAUUGCGUGAAAAUAAGUUACGCUGACAUCACUGGAAAAUAAAAGUUGCGAUAAUGUAAAAAAAUAAAUGAUGUUGAAAUCAUAAAACAAUGUCACGAUCAUGUAAAAUCGAGUUAUGCCAAGCUCGAGUUAUGCCGAGAUCAUGAGAAUAUAAAAGUCGUGAUCACGCAAAAACUAGUUAUGUUGAGAUCACGAGAAAAAAAUUUGCGAUGACACAAAAACUAGUUAUGUCAAGAUCGUGAUCGUCAAAGUCGUGAUUACAAGAAAACAAAUUUGUCAAGAUCACGAGGGAAAAAUGUUGCGCUUACACGUAAACAAGUUAUGUUGAGUUCACAUGAAAAUAAAAGUCACGAUUAUGUGGAAACAAGUUAUGUUGAUAUCAUGAGAAAAAACUUUGUCGAACAUGUGAAAACUAGUAACGUCAAGAUCACAAGAAAAUAAUAAUCACGAUUACGCAAAAACAAGUCAUGUCGAAAUCACGAGAAAACAAGUUAUUUCAAGAUCAUGAAAAUAUGAAAGUUAUAUAACGUGCAAACAAAUUAUGUCUGUCGUGUUCACGGAAAAAUAAGUUGCGUCAAGAUAAUGAGAAAAUAAAAGUUGCGAUUUUGUGAAAGAGUUAUGUCAAGAUCCCGAAAAUAGAAGUCACAAUUACGCAAAAAACAGUUAUGUCGAGAUGAUGAAAAUAUAAAAGUUGUGAUUACAUGAAAACAAAUUAUGUCAGUCGCGUUCACGGAAAAAUAAGUUAUGUCAAGUUUAUAAGAAAAUAAAAUUCGCGAAAACGCGAAAUUAAGUUAUGUUGAGAUCAUGAAAAUAAAAGUUGUGAUCACGUGAAAACGAGAUAUGUCAAGAUUACAAGAAAAUAAAAGUCACGAUCACGCAAAAACCAAUUUUGUCGAGAUCAGAAUAUAAAAGUCGUGAUCACGUGAAAACGUAUUUUGUUAUGAUAAUGUGUGAUCACGUGAAUACGAGUGAUGUCGAGAUCACGAGAAAAUAAAGUCGCAAUCAUGGAAAAUAAAGUUAUGUCAAGAUCAUGAGAAAAUAAAGGUCGUGAUCACGAGAAAACAAAAGAGAAAAAAUGAUUUAAUACAUGGCCUCUUAGGAAUUCCGUACCAUUCAUACCUACAUAAGUUUAUUCUGGAAAGAGUCCAUUGAAAUGUUCCCCUUCUAGUCAUCAAAACAAAUAUUCAAAUGUCCUUUUAAUGGAUGUCUGGGAAUUAUGUAAAGGUUAAAAGUACCUCAACAAGUAACUAUUUUUGUGCCGGGCAUUCAAGUGUGUCUCGAUUUUUGACUAGUAGUCCAUAAAUCAAUCGAAUUGCGUAACAUAACGCGAGUCCCUGAAUAUGAACAAAUGAUAAAUCUAUAGUUAUUAACCUCACGUCCCCCGGCCUCAAUUAAAACCUUCCACACUCUGAAACGUGUGGCAUAUUGCAUUGCCUUGUAAUAUGCGACCUGCCUUUCACCGUCUGGUUUUUGAACAGUUUAUUUUGUAAAGAACCGUCAUGUUUGUAGGAUUAGAGAUCAUUGACACAACACGUCUAAUGUAGCUUUCUGCGGUUUCCUGUGAUAGUGUAGUGUGGCCUUAUAAAAUAUUUCACUAAUGUAUGUAUUUAUUUAUUUAUUCAUGUUGCAACCUUGUUUAAUUUGAAAUAUUUUAUUUAUAUGUAAUUUAAUGUUUACAUUUUUAAAUAUUUUCUUUGUUUUUAAUAAUAUAUUUUACUAUAAUUUUAAGUUGUCUUCCUUAUAGCCUAGUGUUUUAUUGGUCUUGUCUGAGGAAAAAAUGUAGGCUAUCUGUUUUGACGAGUGCAGUGUUAUAUCCGAUGUUCUGUUGUGCUAAGUAUUCAGUUAGACAAAUGCACACGACAGCGUGCCAAACUGACCUGGAAAAUCUGUGUUGUGGUUGUAGCUUUCUUGAAAACCAAGCUGAAGUAACCCAAUAACGUGUCGGCUCAACUUCCUGUAUAAAGGGUUCAGUGAUGCAUAAUCGUGCGCAUCAGGCCUUGUGUAUUGUGCGUUUUGUUCAGAUACUUAGUUACGUGUGUCCAAACUUGAUUUGGUUGAACAAAGUACAAAUGAAAUCGGCACAAUGUUUGGCAUUUUAGCUCAGUUUGAUCUUAAAGGAGUAGUUCACCCAAAAAAAAUUGUCGUUUACUCACCCUCAUACUGUUACAAAUCCCUUUAUUUAUUUAUUGGUAAUUAUAAUAUUCUGUGGAAUAUAAAAUUGUUUUCAUAUAAUCAAACCACAAAGGUACAUAAUAGUCUAAUAAUAUAAUUCAUUGAUUUUCAUCCGCUUUUUUGGGGCCGGGUCACGGGGGGCAGCAGUCUUAGGAGAGAACCCUCCCCAGACACUUCCUCCAGCUCCUCCGGGGGGAUCCAGAGGCGUUC